AUGUCAUCAUUCGUUUGCGUAACCCCGCAGAUGUCCACACUGCAAAACGAUCAACAGAUUAUGCUCGAGGACUCGCGGCCAAUUUCGGUCGAGGAGACACGAUGGCAUGCGUCAGACGAAGCAAUAGUGCCCGCUGAGCUUCACGAAGAGCACUACCAGCUGUGGACCCCUGACGGCAUGUCGCAAUCCUGCUGUACAUCUCCGAGCACAUCUGCGGGCAGCUCACCUCUUCACGAUGCCGGCGCAUUCUUCCAUCGCGAGCUUCAGUGCAGAGCAGACGCUUUCGUUGCAGCUCUGUCGCUCUGGGAAGCAGACAAUCACAAUGACGCUCAUCGUAAGACGGCGCUCGCUUUCACAACGCCAGAAGAGGCCCCCGUCGAAUGUCCUGACGAAGCGGGAGAGAUCGACAUCAUGCUAGAGCCUGCGCCAGGUCAAGCGCGUCGCGCGAGCUGUCACUCACUCGUCGAUGACCAGCUAUUGGCUCGCUUUGACCUCGGCCUUGCUUUGUCAGUGUGCAUGCAUUGUUAA